AUGGCCGAGCGCGUGGUACCUGUUAUCUCUCUCGACGACUUCGAGAGAAGAAAAGAUGAGAUUACCCAACAACUGGUGCAUGCUGCCGAAACAGCCGGAUUCUUGACACUGGUUGACCAUGGACUUUCCGUUGAAGAAAUCGAGCGGCAAUUUGCCAUAUCAAAGUCCUUCUUUGACUUGCCAUCGGACGUCAAGGGGAAGACUCCUCACAGUAACGUUACUAAUAAUGGGUGGGAAUACAAGGCCCAGCGGCGUCCCAGCACUGGCUUGUAUGACCAGAAGGAAUCUCUCUGGCUCCAACAUGGGUCUCACUGGCCAAGCGAUGAGGAUGUCCCAGGAUUUCGGGAUGCUACUACUCACUUCAUGGCGAAAUGUGCGAUAAUUUCGGAACAACUAUUUACCUGCUUUGCGACUGCACUGGGAUUUCCAUCCGAUUACUUCUGUGUCGCAAACGAUGUGACCAAGCCUGACUGUCUCACGCAGCUACGGCUGAUCCAUUAUCCACCCACCGUAGAUGCUGCUGGUACCUGGCGGGCUGGAAGUCAUACCGACAUCGGGUGUCUUACCCUACUAUUCCAGCGAGAUGGUGAAGACGGUUUGGAGAUCUGUCCAGGCCGUGAAUCGCAUACGAGUUUCGCAAUGGGUGACGUUUUCAGUCCUCUCCCUGCCAAGACCGGACAGAUUGUUGUUAACAUCGGUGACAUGCUGAUGGCGUGGUCGGACGAUCGCCUGAAAUCGACCUUCCACCGAGUGCGAGCGAUGGAUGUAGGAGAAUCGCCGUCACGUUACUCAAUUGCAUAUUUUAACCAGGGAAGGCGUGAUUAUAUUAUGCAAGGCCCGCAAAAGAAAUACCCCCCGAAGAGUGUAGGGGAGUGGUUCAAGGAGUCAGUCGAGCGAAACUUUGCUUACCAGCAGAGUGUAACUGCAAACUGA